UAACCAUGGGAAAACGCGGAGGCAAGAAGUUUGGUGGCAGAGGCGGCGGCGGCGGGCGUGCGCCGCGCUCGAACUGGCAGGAAGUUGAAAAAAGCAACGAAAAGCUCGAGCGGUACUACAAUGAGGAAGGAUUCAUUCCAGAUGAAGAGAAGGAGGCAUUUUGGGAUGCUCUGAAAAGAGGUCUCCCCAACAGCUUCCGAUUUACGGGCUCGCGAGGACAUGCGCUUGCUGUCCAGCAACGUCUUAAGGACCACUAUAUCCCCGAAAUCACUUCGAUUCAGUAUGAGGGCAAUUUUGUCGAGCCGCCACGCCCAGUUCCUUGGUACCCCGACCAGCUUGCCUGGUCUAUGGCCACGCCUAAGAAUGUCAUCCGACGUUUCGGACCUUUCGCAUCGUUCCAGAAAUUCCUCGUUGCCGAGACUGAUGUUGGAAACAUUAGUCGACAGGAGGUGGUGAGCAUGAUUCCUCCGCUCUUGAUCGAUGCCAAGCCUGGUAUGACCGUGUUGGACAUGUGCGCUGCCCCGGGUAGUAAGUCCGCACAGCUCAUGGAGCUGCUUCAUGCGGGAGAGGAGGACACGAUGCUUCAGGUUUCCCGCGAAAUCAAGAACGGGGCUGCUCCGGCACCUUUGCCUGAGGGUCUGAACGAUGAUGGCAGAAGCACAGGUCUCCUCAUUGCCAACGACAGCGACUACAAGCGCGCGCACAUGCUUAUCCAUCAAAUGAAGCGGUUGAACUCUCCGAACUUGAUUGUCACGAACCACGACGCUACAAUGUACCCCUCUAUCAAGCUGCCCUCGCUCCCAUCGGCUGAUGGAAAGGCCCAGAAGAACAGAUACUUGAAGUUUGACCGUAUUCUUGCGGAUGUGCCUUGCUCUGGAGAUGGUACUGCUAGAAAGAACGUCAACGUUUGGAAGGACUGGAACCCGUCGAACGGCUUGGGCUUGCACGCUACGCAGGUCCGGAUUCUCGUUCGUGCUUUGCAAAUGUUGAAGGUCGGUGGACGUGUCGUUUACUCCACAUGCAGUAUGAACCCAGUUGAAAACGAAGCUGUCAUUGCCAGUGCGAUUGAGCGCUGUGGUGGUGCGGCCAACGUCAGCAUUAUCGACUGCAGCAAGGAAUUGCCAGGCUUAAAGAGAUCCCCUGGCAUGCGAUCGUGGAAGGUCAUGGAUCGCGAGGGUCGUAUGUGGGGCAGCUGGCAGGAGGUCGACGAGCAGAGACAGCGCGAAGGCAUCGAUGGCCUCGGAAGACUCGCCGAGGGCAUGUUCCCCCCUGUCGGAGAGAAUGCCGACUUGCCUCUUGAAAGAUGUACUCGCAUUUACCCUCACCAGCAGGACACUGGUGGUUUCUUCAUCACCGUGCUCGAAAAAUUGACCGAGAUUCGUGCCAAGCCAGAAGAUAACACCAAGGUUAUUCCUAAGGCCUCUGUUGCCGCUUUGGCCGAGGAGCUCGAUUUCAAACAGAAGCACAGCAACGGACAGCCUUUAGAGAAGAUCAAUGCUCUGGAUGACCUGGUGGUCCCUGACCAGGAGGCACAGAAGGAGGUCGAAAAGAAUGCAACCGUGGCCGAGGCUUCUCACCAAGUCCCGUACUCGGCUACUUUCGACGCGUCUGCUCAAGCACCGGCUGCAAAGAGAGAUGCCGACGAACUUGAUGAGGAGGUCCCGGCCAAGAAGGCCAAGGUCGAUGAUGGCACAGAAGCUGUUAUUGGCGACCGUCCCGUCCAUCCUCCUCCUGCCAGACCCGAAACCGAUACUGUUGAGACUUCUGAUGCCACUACUCCUGCACCUGCUGCUUCGUCUGCCCAGCCAGCCCAGCCUCCGCAAAAGAAGAAGAACAACCAAGUUUUCGAGGAGCCCUUUAAGUAUUUGGAUCCCAACCAGGAGGAAUUAGGGCCGAUCUUCAGCUUCUACCAAGCUUCAGACCGAUUCCCCCGCGACCGAUUCAUGGUCCGUAACGCCCAGGCGUACCCCAACAAGACCAUCUAUUACACCAGUGAAUUGGCACGCGAUAUCCUGACCUCGAACGAGGGCCAGGGCAUCAAAUUUGUGCACUGCGGUGUCAAGAUGUUUGUGAAGCAAGAUGUACAACGCGCGGAUGUUUGCCGUUGGCGCAUCCAGACCGAUGGAUUGAGACUUCUUGAGCCGUUCCUGGGCCCUGCUCGGUCCGUCACCUUGACCCAGAAGUCGACCCUUCAUAAACUGCUUGUGGAGAUGUUCCCCAAGGUUGAUGGUGAUGGAUGGAAGGAGCUGGGAGAGAUUGGCCAGCGUGUGAGGGACAUUCCCAUGGGCUGCAGCAUCUUGACCAUUGAACCGAACAGCGCAGAGUACGGAUUCAGUGAGCGAAUGGUGCUUCCUCUUUGGCGGUCCAUGCACUCGCUCAACCUGAUGCUUCCGAAGGAGGAGCGUCGCGCCAUGCUUCUCCGUAUCUUCAACGACACUACCCCGCUGGUCAACACAACGCAGAAGCAGCAGAAAGUGGUAGAAGCUUUGUCCCCGGAGCCGGAAGCCGAGACCGCUGAAGGAGAAAGUGCCACUGCUGCAGCUCUCGCGGAGCCUGAGGAAAACGCCAUCAAAAAGGAGAACAUUGUUAUCGGACAGGAGCAACAGGAGCAGACGGACGCACGGGAAACAUGGACCAAGGCUGGAGACGAGGAAGAUCGCGUCAACACGACGGUCUAGAUGUCCGCAGCUUGAAUAUUCAGGAGUUAUCAAUGGUCUGACAGAACAUAAAAGCCUGCAAUCUGGAUUCUGCCAUUGGGAUUUUCAAUAUUUAUGUGGUGAUAUUUGCUUUGUAUGAUGUUGUACUACUCUUAAACACGGGAAUUAAAAGGUUAAAAUGGAUUCUCUGAUUUGCAU